UGUACGCUGUGAACUUUCUGGUUUGUCUGAGUGAGUCACACGCUGUUGCAGAUCAACCGGCAACUGAAAUGGACCUGUAGGUAAAACCCCAGUUUCGGUGUAGGAUCGGAGGCUGAUGGUGUCCUAAGAGUCCCUUUACUCAUGGAUUGCCACACCAGCCCCCCUGGAGAAUUCAGGGACUUCAAGAGGGACGACUUUGAGGAGACCUGGAUUAAGGUGGCCGAAGGCAGAUUUGGUCAGGUGUACGAAGUCAAAGUCAAGCUCUGGCGAGAGAAAUGCAUCCUGAAAACCUUUGAUGCAACCUUGUGUGCCAACAACGUUUACAGGAAAAUAAAAGAGGAGUUGUCCAACAUAACCAAACUGAAGUUCAAAUACAUUAUGUCCGUCUACGGAGUGUGCAGCGAAGCUACGGCUGUUGUUAUGGAGUACAUGAGUAAUGGAUCCCUGAACAAUCUCCUGGCCAAUCAUAACUUUAUGUGGCCAAAGAAGUUUCAGAUGAUCCAUGAGAUCUCCAUGGCCAUGAAUUUCCUUCACUGCAUGAAACCCCCUCUGCUCCAUCUUAACCUCAAGACAUCCAAUAUCCUACUGGAUGAUCAUCUUCAUGUCAAGAUUUCAGAUUUUGGUAUAAUCCACUGGGAGGAGGGCAUGAGCAAGACGGCGUUGAUGGAGUGCCUGACAGCGAGAGGCAACAUAAAUUACAUUCCUCCCGAGGUCUUCACCCAAUGCCCCGAUUCACCAGGAACUGCCUUUGAUGUUUACAGCUUCGGGAUUGUGAUGUGGGAGAUCCUGACACAGCAGAAACCCUACACAGGGUGCAGUGUGACCAAAGUGCUGCUGCAAGUGUCCAAAGGGAAGAGGCCUGGUUUGGAGAUGAUUCCUGAGAAAAGGCCCCAGGAGUGUGACGAACUGAUCAGCAUCAUGAAACAGUGCUGGGAUGGUAAUCCCUGGAUGAGGUCCAAGUUCUCAGACAUUGUGAGGAAAACAGAGGCUUUGAACGAGCUCGUGAAGAUCCCAGGACUGAUCAGCGCUCACAGAAAUGGGGAUGCUGAGCAGAAAUCAAAUUACCCCGGGAUGUUCUACCCCAUGCACAAAAUCACUUUGCCUGAGAUAUCUGAAACACCUUCAGAUGACCUACAUGGCAAGGAUGGCAUUCUCUCUAUGCUAUCCAAAAAGGACUUCAGUAGUUUCAGGCAGACUGUGAAAGGAGAGGACGUGCACAUGCAGUUUUCGGGCCAAAAGAGCCUCCUUCACUUCACAGUAGCCAGCGGUGAUGCAGAAAGUGUCAAGCAUGUCCUGAGCAUGGGUGCUGAAGUGAACUGCACAACUGCCAGAGGUUACACUCCCCUUAUCAUCGCCGUUCUGAAAAGGUUUUACAACAUAAUCUUAUUACUGCUGGAACAUGGAGCAUCUGCAACGCAAGGAGACGAAGACCAGUGGACACCUAUGCAUUUUGCUGCACAGAAUGGUGACGACAGGACCAUCCGUCUCCUACUGGAAAAAGGAGCUGAGGCCCAUGCGCAGGAUAAAGCUGGGUGGACGGCGCUCCACCUGGCGUGCCAGAAUGGCCACGAAACAGUGGCUCGCCUGCUGCUUUCGCGGCUGUCGGAGGACGCCAUCGUGGAACAUGAGCAGGACGAAGGAAGAACAGCGCUCCAUCUCGCCUCCUUCUAUGGACAUAUCAACAUCGUCAAACUUCUCCUUGGUCGUGUAGCUGAUCCUAACGUUACGGACUAUUCUUUCUCCACUGCUCUUCAUCUAGCCACCGAUCAAGGCCAUAAUCGCGUAGUGAGACUCUUGUUGAUUAACGAGGUCAAAACUGAAAUGUCAGACAUCAGGGGAUACAGUCCACUUCAUCUGGCUGCUCUAAAGGGUCAUGCAGGCAUUUGUAGGCAGCUGCUGUCAAACGGAGCCAACCCAAACUCUAAAACGGACCAAGGGUGGACCCCCAUGCACCUGGCAGCCAUACGAGGACAUGAGGCUGUGGUGGUCCUUCUUGAGAGUAAGGGUGGUUCAGUGAACGCAAAAGGCCAGAACGGAUGGACCCCACUCCACCUGGCCUGCCGCCAGAGUAAAUCAGAUGUAGUGGAGAAGCUCCUGGCAUCCAGCGCUGACCCAAACGUCAAAGAGGACAGUGAGGGAUGGACACCCCUGCACAUAGCCUGUGCCAGUGUUUGUUUUCGAAGUGUCAUCAACCUAUUGUUAGAAAAAGCAGAUGUCAAUGCAGUGAACUCCGGAAAUGUAACGCCUUUACACCUGGCCGCCCAAUAUGGCUCCUUGCCCAUCGUUAAUGGUCUUCUGAUGAAUGGAGCAGACAGGACACUGGCGGACUCUUCUGGAUUCACAGCUCUGGAUGUUGCCCAGCGGUGUGAAAAAUGGGACAUUGUGGACAUACUCAAGAAUCAGAGUUAAGUGUAACUGGAGUUUCAUUUCAACCAGUGUGAGUGAAGGAAAUUACAGGAAGAUGAAAACACGAUUGGCUACAUUAGAAUAUUGUUUUGCUGCUGACUGGCACCUUGGUCAAACAUUUUAUGACAGGGUUGUGACGUUAUUUAGACAUUUAAGCAUCUUUGUCAUUAAAAGUGGAAUUUCCAGAUUACAGAUUAGAAGUAUAAAUCUCUUCUCCGUUUUAUUUGUCUACCAUCCCAGCCCUAUAUAACAGGGCACAACAUAGAUUUUGACCAGACCUAAUGGUGUGCUAAAACAACAGCACAUUCAAACAAGGUAUUGCCAAUAUCGCCAAAGCUGGCAUUUACAUUUAAGAUAAUUGCUUUCAGACCGGUUCAGUAUGACACGAACAUUACAGUGAAACAUGACCCCGAGUCUAUAUAUUGGGUUCAAAAUAAGGUGAAGUAGAUAUUAACAAGAAAACAUAUUGAUUUGCCUCUUUGAAGCACUUUGUGUGCUGUCAAUGUGCGUUAUUCUAGCAGCUGGAAGAAAACUAAAUAAAAGGACAGCAGUUGUAAAACCUUAUAGACCCUUUCAUUUCAUAUAGAGGAAUCUUUCAUUUAAUGAUAUGGUUAAAUAACAUUUGACAAACUCAAUAUUGGUAUUUUUAAAUACAUUUCUCCAGUGUGUGCUUAAUGACAGGGUCAGAUAAUUAUAAGUCAUUCCCAUCAGAGCGAUGGAAGUACUACCCAGCUCGUGCCAUGCUCAAUUACCACACCGACAUCCUAUUAAAAUCAAAUGAAACGCAUGAAUCCGGGAGCAACCGUGACCUACGCUCCACAAGGUUUUUCCUGGAAACGCAGGAUCCAAAUGUCUGAUGGAGAAAAGAAAGAGAUUGUCCCAAUCAAAUGAACAACAUAGAUUUAAACUGAGCUCAGGGCAGACUUCAGUUUUUUCUUAUGUCAUCAAGGAAAUGUAUACUGUGACAUAAUUGACAUGAGAUUUUACACUAAAAUAAUCUGUAAACACUGGGGAGUUGAAAGCGCAAUCCUCCCUCUCUAUUUAGUGAUGGCUUUUCUCUUUUGACCAAGAUGGCUUCUUUCACCCCUCUUUCAAACCAUCUGUUCUCCCUGUCCAA